UAUGUGUCAAAACUCGCGCCAAAAGUAAACAGUGUUGCGAGAUUGUUUUAUAUUUUUAAUGCUGUUUAUUAAGUUCUAAAACAUUCAAAAAUGUCUACACCAUCAAAACGUCCAUCAUCUCGUGCAUCUUCAGAAGCGGCCACACCAUCACGGAGAACCAGAUCUUCACAACAAGUAGUAGUUCCAGAAACUCCACAGCAGUCAAGCGGCACCCCAUCAAACGAUGGAACUCCCAGUGGUUUUCGUGAGAAUCCCAAUGCAACUCCACGCACUCCUAGAGGUCAAGUACUGGCUUCAUCGCCGGCUCCACACCUGGGCUCUAGCCCUCUUGGGACAGACAUAGACAUGAGCUCUCCAUUGAACUAUGGCACACCAAGUUCUCUCAGUACACCGCGAUCUACACUCCGCAGUGUUGGCACUCCCGCAAGACAGAGAGCGGACUUACGAGGGCAUCAAUUUGGAAGAAAUGUACCAGCUCCAACGCCAACUAAAAGACCUGGUGAGUCUGGUGAGGUAGACUCCGGGGAGCCGCAGCUAGUGGUGUGGGGCACAGAUGUGGCCAUUGCUGAGUGCAGAGACAAGUUUAUAAAGUUUGUGCAGCGCUUUGUGGAACCUGAUGCAGUUACAAAUGAACCACUAUAUGAAACUAAAUUGGAAGAGAUACACACAUUGGAGGAGCCAUUCUUGGACGUAGAUUGUGAACAUGUCAAAACAUUUGACGCUAAACUCCACCGCCAACUUGUCUGCUAUCCUCAAGAGGUUGUACCAGCUUUUGAUGCUGCGGUUAACCAAUUGUUCUUUGAAAAGUAUCCUGCAGCUAUCCUGGAACAUCAGAUACAAGUCAGGCCUUACAAUGCUCCUCAGAGACAUAUGAGAGAUCUCAAUCCUGAAGACAUCGACCAGCUGGUGACAAUCAGUGGUAUGGUGAUCCGCACAUCCGGGAUAGUGCCGGAGAUGCGCGAGGCGUACUUCAGAUGCGCGGUGUGCGGCGCGGGCGCGGCGGGCGAGCUGGAGCGCGGCCGCGUGGCGGAGCCGGCGCACUGCGCGCACUGCAGCACCGCGCACGCCUUCCAGCUCAUACACAACCGCUCGCACUUCAGUGAUAAACAGCUCGUUAAGCUGCAGGAAGCGCCAGACGACAUGCCGGCUGGGCGCACGCCGGCGACAGUAGCGGUGAUGUCGCACGGCGCGCUGGUGGAGGCGGUGGGCGCGGGCGAGCGCGUGCGCGUCACCGGCGUGGUGCGCGCCGCGCCCGCCGCCGCGCACCCGCGCCGCGCCACGCUGCGCGCGCUGCACCGCACACACAUCGACGCGCUGCACUACUCGCCCAUAUCCAGCGAUAGGAUGCUGCACACCGACGACACUGAUGAGCACCGUUUCCCCCCGGAGCGGGUGGAGCUGCUGCAGGCGCUGUCGCGGCAGGCGGACUGCUACGAGCGGCUGGCGCGCGCCAUCGCACCCUCCAUCUACGAGAACCUCGACAUCAAGAAGGGAGUGCUGCUGCAGCUGCUCGGCGGCACCAAGAAGAACUUCAACGCAGCCGGACGUACGCACUUCAGGUCAGAGAUAAACAUCCUGCUGUGCGGCGACCCCGGCACCAGCAAGUCGCAGCUGCUGCGCUGGGUGCACGGGCUGGUGCCGCGCGCGCAGUACACCUCGGGCAGGGGCUCCUCCGCCGUCGGCCUCACUGCCUACGUCUCCAAGGACCCGGACACGCGCCAGCUGGUGCUGCAGACCGGAGCGCUGGUGUUAGCAGACAAUGGUAUUUGCUGUAUCGACGAGUUUGACAAAAUGAACGACUCCACGCGCAGUGUACUACACGAGGUAAUGGAGCAGCAGACGCUGUCGAUAGCCAAAGCGGGUAUCAUCUGCCAGUUGAAUGCGCGCACCUCCAUACUGGCGGCCGCUAAUCCAGCAGAAUCUCAGUGGAAUAAGAACAAAACUAUCGUAGAAAAUGUACAACUACCGCAUACACUUAUGUCCAGGUUCGACCUGAUCUUCUUGGUGCUGGACCCUCAGGAUGAGGCGUUCGACCGCCGGCUGGCCGCGCAUCUCGUCUCACUCUACUACAAGGACCCUGCGGAUACACAACAGGAUGAAGAUAACAUUAAUACGGGCGUAAUGCGUGACUACAUAGCGUAUGCAAAGGAGUACGUGCAGCCCGCGCUCAGCGAGACCGCGCAGCAGCGGCUCAUUGACGCAUACGUCGAUAUGAGACGUGUGGGCAGCGGGCGCGGUCAGAUCUCUGCCUACCCCCGCCAGCUGGAGUCGCUCAUUCGGCUGGCGGAGGCGCACGCGCGCGUCAGACUCUCCCCAGUUGUUGAAAUUAUUGACGUCGAUGAAGCAGCUAGACUUCAUCGCGAAGCUCUUAAGCAGUCAGCAACAGACCCGGCAUCAGGUCGCAUCGACGUCGGCAUACUGACAACUGGUCUAGGCGCUGCCGCGCGCCGCCGCCGAGCUGAGCUGGUCACCGCACUCAGGGAACUCAUCAAGCCGUACUCCAAACCUCACACAAUCACACACACCAAGCUGCUGCAGGACGUCAAUGCUGCCUCACAACUGAUGGUGUCUCGAGAACAACUGGACGAAGCCCUCCGUGAUCUACAGGACGAAGGCAAGGUGACUGUUGUCAGUCACACGCACAUACGUCUCUGCUGACCCCACAAGGCGUGAUUGAAUAAACUUUGUUGAUUGCAUCACAUGAGCAGGUCUAUGUGAUUUUUGCUCUAUAUGAGAGUAUUAUAAAAACACCCGCAUUUGUAAGAAAUUAAGACAAUUUUCGAGCCAAUGGAAACAAAAUGUAAUAGAAAUAACUUUGGAUCCAAAUGUUGUAUUUUUAGAUAAUUAUAAAUAAGGUUCUAAGAAAAGAACUUAUUCAUGUGCCUUUGUGUUAAAUAGCUGUUAAGGAUUCUUUGUUACGUUCAAAAGUUAAAUAUCACGAAUAAAAUGUUUGUUUUUUUAUUUUUA